CAUGACGGCACAGCUCAAAAUGAUCGAGAAUACAUGGCAUUCCCCCUGCCUGCCGAAUACAGCAGUAAGACAUGGAGAGGCUGCUGCUGCUGCCCACCCCCCGAGAUGUUUUGCAGGAACCUUCAUUCUGCCAUUGUUUGCUGGCUGAGGGGUGCGAAGAUAACAGCUGAUAUCACUGAUGAGUGACAAGUAAAGGUAAAUCAGAACAGAAACAAAUCAGUACUGAUGUUCAGUUGUAAGUUUACGGUCAGUUAUGAUUCCUUCUUUAUUUGCGUUUCAUUAAAUCAAAUAUUAGAACAAACAAAAACAUUAUAUUUAAUUAAUCACUUCUUUAGAUCAUGUGCUUGUUUUGCAGAUGUUCAUCAAAGCAACUUUUUUGGAGAGCAUGGUGUUGUAUGUAUAGCAUUAUAUCUAAAAUGCAUUCAAAUUAAAAUAUUAUAAUAUGAAUUGAUUUGGACAUAUGUUGAGAAAGAAUAAAGCAACUGAGGUCACUGGCUUCAGGCUACCCUGGCCAUUAGGAACAUCAUUUUGACUUUUUGUAUUUUUACACCUCAAUAUUUUCCAAGAAAUAUUGUGCACAAGAAAACAAUGAGCAACCAUUAUCAAGCUAUUUUUACCCUUUAUCUAAUGAAAUACCGAUGACACUUCACAUUCAAUCCGUCUUGGCGAGCAUAAUAGCCUGUGGCUGAGAUAAUGACAGGUUAGCUCAACAUGACAAACAGUUUUUUAUGUCAAGUCUCUUAACCCACUAGCUGACGCAGAAUCGCCGGGGAGGGCGCAUUAAAUUUUCAGCGCAUUUCCCUACACCCAAAUAAUCCAUAUCUUGGCACGGCAUUUUUUCUAUAGCGCACGAAAUUAUGGCGUCAUUAUCUUCUCACUUUCUAAGUGCUUGUCGUCACGGGAGCAUAUAAAUGAGCUGAUUAUGCCCAUGCACCAUUAGAGGGACCUGUACCUAUAACUGGACACGCAAGAGCAGCGAGUCUUAUAUUGGCGUUAUGUGCGUCGUAUGGAGAUACAGAUUAGCCGUAUCAAUAAUUUUGGUUUUGGUGGUCUGUGGUGCGUAUGCGUCAGAUGGUGCACAACCAAUUGGAAAAGUUUUUUCACGCGGAAACCACUGGGCAGUAGGCCACUUAAUGGGCAAGAAAAGCACAGAUGAGCAAAGCAGACUCGAGGACCCAGGCGGCGAUGUCGAGAGGUUUAUAGACCAGCACGACAUGGACCCUCUUUUCCUGCGCGCCCUGGAAGCGCUCGUGAAAGGACGGACGGAACAGAGGAGCGCGCAAGGGAGCGCGCGGGAGACUGGCGCGUCAAGGUUGCUCCAACGGCUGCUGGCAAUUGCACGUCAGUGGGAGGAAGAUCAAGAGAUAGACAGACAACUUAAACAGGAGGAGCAGUUAUUUUUACAAGCUUUCGGUAUAAAAGAUUAAUCAAGCUGAGGACAAGCUUCUACACAAAUGCCUUUAAGACUGUGUUUUGAAGUUCUUGAAAAUGACAUCAUCGCUGUCAGAUAUGAAUCUCUUUAUUCAACACAAUAUAUAUGAAUAUGCAUGUUAUAUUUUUGUAUGUAAAACUCUAUAUUACAUAACUCAUCAUUGCUUUUAUUCUGUACAUUUUAUGCUUAUGUUUUAUAUGAAUGAACUGUGGUAACCAUUGUUGUCAUAUUCAGUAAUAAACUGUUUAAUAAACUUUGGA